AUGUCGUACAAGCCUCACCCCCUACGUCAGUCAUAUACUGUUGACUACACAACUGCCGGCUCUGUCAAUCGUCAACUAUCCACCACAUCUUCUGCUUCUUCUGGCUAUUCCAGCAAUUCUUUCAAUUCAGAUUCCUAUGACUUCGGCCCACCCAGCGCAACCUCUUCAGUGACUUCGAAUGGGUACGGCGCAUCAACAUUGGCGCAUAAACGUGGUAAAAGUGAAGCUGUAAUUCGUCAGCCCCCUCCUCCUCCUCGACGAUCGAGUGUAUAUGAUGAACCCAAGGCGAAUUCCGAAAAUAUGUACAACUUGGCCCGGCAAUCUUUACGUCCCCUCCCCCCGCCACCUGCUUCGGGACCAGCCCCAGACAAAACGCCACCACGUCGCGAACGCCAUGACCGUGACCGCGGACAGAGCCUUGAUAUAGGCAGACUUUCUAUUUCUGAAGAGAGAACUUCUCCUUCUCCUUCUCCUACUCCUACGAGUCCUCUGAGCAAAUCUCCAAAUGCCCGGCCUACCUCGAUGGUGCUCACACGAUCCGAUUCCUUUCGCCCAAGUGCAUCCAGUCCCACUCUGAUCUCUCCCCACGCUAUGGUCCAUCAUCCCACCCUUGCUGCCCCUGACUUACAGCAGAUGGGUCGCUCUUCCACCAACCAACUGCGCACUUUAUCCAAGUUGGCUCAAGAUAGCUCAGCCGAGGAGUUUGCCAUCACUUCCCCAGCCCAAGAGGUGGUUGGUCUACGUGGUCGACGGAGAUUACAACGAGCGGGCAAUGCGACUGGCUCUAGGAAUGGCCAGCGCGGCGAUCGCUAUGGCUUUGAAGGACGGAAUUGGAUGGACAAACAGAGACAAUUUCUCCAGGCGUACGAGUAUCUAUGUCACAUUGGUGAAGCCAAGGAAUGGAUCGAAGAUGUCAUUCAUCAGCAGAUCCCGCCGAUUGUUGAACUAGAAGAGGCGCUGAGAGACGGCGUUACUCUAGCCGAGGUGGUGGAGGCCUUAAAUCCAAGUCGACGACCUCGAAUCUUCCGAAAUCCACGACUCCAAGCCCGCCACUGGGAUAACGUUGCUACUUUCUUCAGAUACCUGGACCAAGUCGAGCUGCCUGAUCUCUUCCGAUUCGAGCUUAUUGAUCUCUACGAGAAGAAGAACAUUCCCAAGGUUAUAUACUGCAUACAUGCGCUGAGCUGGCUUCUAUUCCGGAAAGGCAUAGUAGACUUCAGGAUAGGCAAUCUAGUUGGACAGUUAGAGUUUGAGCACCACGAACUCGAAGCUAUGCAGAAGGGGUUGGAUAAGCUUGGCAUCAACAUGCCCACCUUCGGAAACAUGGGUGCCGAUUUUGGCGUGGAACCGGAACCUGAACCUGAGGAGACCGAAGAGGAACGGAUUGAUCGUGAGCUGUCCGAGAACGAAGCCGCUGUCCUCGAGCUUCAAGCUCAGAUGCGAGGCGCUAUACUCCGAAUGAAACUUGGCAACAUCAUGCAGCAUCUUUGGGACUCGGAGGAUUGGCUCGUCGAUCUCCAGGCGCGCAUUCGCGGAGAUUUCACUCGUCAAGUUAUGGGUUAUAGACUUGAGAUGCGAAAGUUCGCCGUCAACCUCCAGAGCGCCGCCCGCGGAUUUUUGGUCCGAAGUAGGAUGGCAAAUAGGGAGAAUUUCUGGAAGAGCAAGGAGAAAGAUAUCACAAAACUCCAGAGUUUAAUACGGGCUAUGAAAGCCCGUGACGAGGUACGAGAAACUCGAUCUCAGUUAUCACGAGCGGAUGGACCUGUGCGAAGUAUUCAGGCUGUGUUCCGAGGCUAUCUGGCGCGCGAAAAAUUCAAUGUCCAGCAGCAGGAGACUAGUCGCAUGACUGGUCCCGUAUUGGAGCUUCAGUCCGCGAUACGAGGCAUGCUGGCAAGAGAAAGAGUUGGACAAGACCUUCACCUCCUUGGAGAGGAGGCCGAGGCGAUUACGGGCUUACAGGCUGCUGCCAGGGCCAUGCUAACAAGAAACCAGAUUCAUCAGCAACAAGAGGCGCUCGCAAGCUUCGGACCCAAGUGGGAGUCAAUUCAAGCAUUCUGCCGUGGAAAUUUGCUACGACAGAACGUUCAAACAACCAAAGCUGAGCUCGCGCAACAUACCCCCGACAUCGGGACAUUACAAUCUCAUAUCCGAGCUGCAGCUGUACGUCGGGAUAUCACCGACAAGCUUGAUGCUUUGAAUGAAAAUGAACCUUCAAUAAUCGAACUUCAGUCGCUAGUCCGAGGUAUGCUUGAACGACAACGCAUCGCUACCGAUCUUGACUCUCUAGAAAGCAACACGGCAAGCAUUGUAGAUCUCCAGGCCAAGAUUCGUGGUUAUCUAUCCAGGGAACAACACUGUUUGCUCCUUGACGAGCUUAAGUCCCACGAAAAUGAAGUUAUCGAACUGCAGGCGCUCGCUCGGGCCAUGCUCCUCCGUAACGAUGUGGGCAUGUUGCUAGGUGAACUCGACGAGUAUGAAGAGUCUGUAGUUGAGCUGCAAGCCUUCGCUAGAGGUUUUAUCGUCCGACAGAAAUUCGCAGAGAAGAAGAGGCAUUUCGAAGAAAAUAUGCAGAAGGUGGUCAAGAUCCAAAGUUUCGUCCGCGGCAAGCUUCAGGGUGAAGCAUACAAAAGUCUCACGACUGGAAAAAACCCUCCUGUUGGAGCUGUGAAGAACUUUGUCCAUUUGCUCAACGAUAGCGACUUCGACUUCAAUGAGGAGGUCGAGUUUGAGAGAUUACGAAAGACGGUUGUCCAGCAAGUCAGGCAGAAUGAAAUGCUUGAGCAGUACAUUGAUCAAUUGGAUAUCAAGAUUGCUCUUCUGGUGAAGAACAAGAUUACACUUGAUGAAGUCGUCCGGCAUCAGAAUACCUUCGGCGGACACACUAGCAAUCUUUUAGCCAAUGCUUCUAUUGCAUCCGCCAACCAGUUCGAUUUGAAGGCCUUAAACAAGAGCUCGAGAAAGAAGUUAGAAUCCUACCAACAACUAUUCUUCAACCUUCAAACCCAACCACAGUAUCUAGCACGACUCUUCAGAAGAUUCCGAGAAUUGGGUACAGCCGAAAAGGAAUGCAAGCGCAUCGAGCUUCUUAUGAUGGGGCUCUUUGGGUAUGCACAAAAGAGAAGAGAAGAAUACUACUUGCUGAAGCUCAUCACAAGGUCGAUACGAGAAGAGGUUGAUGCUUGCACUUCUAUCCAAGAGUAUCUUCGUGGUAACUUUUUCUGGUCCAAGCUUCUGGGCCACUAUUCUCGAUCGCCACGAGAUAGGAAGUAUCUUCGGGAUCUACUUGGCCCAUUAAUACGGGACAACAUCAUCGAGGAUCCAGCCUUAGAUCUAGAGAGCGACCCAAUGCAAAUCUACCGAUCUGCUAUAAAUAACGAAGAGCUUCGCACUGGACACCCAAGCCGGAGACCACUCGACAUUUCCCGAGAUCUGGCGAUAAAAGACCCGGAGACACGCGAAUUAUUCAUCGACCAUCUCAGAGACCUCAGAGAGAUCUCGGACCAGUUCUUCCUCGCUUUAGAAGACUUGCUACCCCGGAUGCCCUACGGUCUACGGUUUAUCUGCCAACAAAUGUUUGAGGCGCUAUGCCAACGUUUCCAGCGUGAGCCUCAGCACCACAUCCUCCAAAUCGUCGGAAACUGGGUCUGGCGGUUCUAUCUCCAGCCAGCAUUAGUCAAUCCCGAACAGGUGGGUGUCAUUGAGAAGACUCUGAGCCCUCUCCAAAAGCGCAACCUAGGCGAGGUCGCCAAGGUUCUCGGUCAAAUCUCGUCCGGACGUCCGUUCGGCGGCGAGAACAUCUACUUACAACCUCUCAAUGCCUUCGUAGCGGACUCGAUGGAGCGACUUAACCAUAUUACAACUAACCUGAUCUCCGUUGCCGAUGCUGAGAGCACGUUCGACAUUGAUGAAUUCAACGACCUCUACGCCAAGAACAGGCCGACUCUUUACAUCAAGAUGACGGAUAUCUUCGCCAUCCAUUCCCUUGUCGUAAACGAGAUGUCUUCGGUCUGCCCUAACCGCGAUGACGUACUUCGCGAGAUCUUACAAGAUCUAGGAAGCGCGAAGAGCAACGAGAAUGAAAUGAACGCAGCUAGCUCGUCCGAUAUACAGAUGUUCCUCACCCCGAAGCUUCAUGAUGUCGAAGAUCCGGAAGCCGACGUCAAAGCUCUAUUUAUGGAGACCAAGCGCUGCAUCUUGUACAUUAUUCGUGUACAGACGGGCGCCGAUCUUCUUCAAAUUCUCGUCCGCCCACCCACCCAAGAAGACGAGAUAAAAUGGCAAACGCUUCUACGAGACGACUUUUCAUCUAGCAACAAUACGAAGGGAGCGUACUCGGACGUGAACAUGGUCGACGUAACACGGAUGUCAUACUACGACAUGAAGCGCAAUGCUCUGGAGAAUAUCAUGCACCUGGAACAUAUGGGGCGGAUUACGAAGAAGAAUUACUACCAGGACAUCUUGAACGCUAUCGCACUCGACAUCCGCACAAAGAGCCGCCGUAGGAUACAACGGCAGCGAGAGUUGGAAGGGGUGCGACUGACCCUCGGAAAUCUGCACGAGAAGGCCAAGUACCUGGAACAGCAGCGCAAGAGCUACGACGACUACAUCGAGCAGGCUAUGGCUACGCUGCAGAAGAACAAAGGGAAAAAGCGAUUCCUUCUCCCGUUUACCAAGCAAUACAACCACCAGCGAGAGCUUGAGCGUUCCGGCCGAGUUCCCAAGUUUGGCUCGUACAAGUACAGCGUGCGGGCUCUCGCGGAGAAGGGUGUCGUUGUGGCAUGGCAAGGCGUGUCGGAGCGGGAUUGGAGCAAUAUCAACCUCACGAUCUCGUGUGACGAGGUGGGCGUGUUCAACAUGGAAGGCAGCCGCGGGCACAUCCAGAUUCCGGGUGCGAGCGCCCUUAUACCGAUCGAGGAUCUUCUACAAGCGCAGUUCGAGUCGCACCAGUUCAUGAACGUGUUCGAGGGCAACUUGAAACUCAACGUCAACCUUCUGCUGCACCUGCUGUACAAGAAGUUCUACCGGACCCAAUAA